UGCCAGACCAGCCAACAUUUAAAUGCCAGCCAAAACCCCGUCGACCACUUCCGUGCCGGUUUUUCCGCUCCAAGCUAAGAAUAAUUGCAAGUGGGCCCCGCAAGGCUACCUGGCGUUAUUCCCGAUUAGGCGCGGCAGUGACGUUGACGAUCCCCCAAACAAAAUCUCCAUCUCCAUCUCCAUCUCAUCGAAGGCCUCCCACCGAUAUCGCACCGUAUCUUCUGCUAUCCUCGGCCUCGCCUUGCUGUGUUCCGUCCUUUUGGUCGCGUGCUUUCCCGCGUGCUGGUUAUCUGGCUCGGCUGGCCAAAUUUGAUUUUGGUCUCCCCCAUCGUCGGGGCUUUGUCUCUGCUCACAGCUUUCCCGAUGCUUCCUAUCCAGCUACUCUCGGCCGUCUUCCUGCUCGGGACUCCCGGGGCUGCCUUCCCCGUUCUUGAGCAACAGCCGCUGGGUGACAGUCAUCAGAGUGCCGGUCAAUCCGAACCAUCAGAGAUCGGGGCUUCGUUCUCACGCGCGCUUUCGGGGCGCUUUCUGCACAUAACAGAUCUCCAUCCAGACCCUUACUAUGAACCCGGGACAACGAACGAGAGGGCGUGUCAUAGAGGUGAUGGCUCAGCCGGGUACUUUGGCGCGGAAGGCACGGAAUGCGACUCGCCCUAUUCUCUCAUCAACGCAACAUUUCGCUGGAUCGAAGACAACCUCAAAGACAAAAUCGACUUCGUUAUUUGGACUGGCGACUCUGCCCGCCAUGACAACGACGAGAAGAACCCUCGCACGGCUAAUGAGAUAAUUACCUUGAACGAGUUCAUUGCGGAUAAAUUCAUCGAUACCUUCCAAGUGAAGAAGGGCGCCUCCGGAGUUUCGAUCCCAGUGGUUCCGACGUUCGGAAAUAACGACAUUAUGCCGCACAAUAUCUUUAAGGACGGCCCGAACCGGUGGACGAAGCAGUACAAAGAGGUUUGGCACAAAUUCAUACCAGAGCACCAACUCCAUAGCUUUGUGGAGGGUGGAUGGUUUGUGUCUGAGGUGAUCCCCGAUACGCUGGCCGUUAUCAGCUUGAACACGCUUUACUUCUUCGAUUCCAAUUCGGCAGUCGAUGGAUGUGCGGCAAAAUCAGAGCCGGGCUAUGAGCAUAUAGAGUGGCUGCGUGUCCAGUUGGAGUUGCUGCGGGCGCGUAAUCUAAAAGCCAUCAUCAUAGGGCAUGUCCCCCCGGCGAGGUCAGGCUCCAAGCGAAGCUGGGACGAGACUUGCUGGCAGAAAUAUACGCUGUUUGUCAAUCGAUUCCGGGAUGUUGUGGUCGGUAGUGCAUAUGGGCAUAUGAACAUCGACCAUUUCAUGCUCCAGGAUAGCCAUAAGGUGAAGAUUGCUGGCGACAGUGCAUCUGCAUUUUCCGACGUGCUCGAGGAGAACGAUCUGUAUAACGAGGAUGGCGAUAUUUCUGUUCAGUCUCGCUUCGACUAUCUCUCCAGUCUUCGGGAAGACUGGUCUAGCCUACCGACUCCGCCUAAGGGUGUAUCGAGGGACAUCUUGUUCGCGGACGAAUGGGUCGACGAGGAUAUGAACAUGAAAAGUGCGAAAGGUGCGAAGCCCAAGAAGAAGCGAUUCCUCAAAAAGAUUGGUGGUCCAUGGGCCGAGCGAUACAGCGUGUCGUUGGUGUCGCCUAGUGUUGUACCGAACUUCUUCCCGACUCUGCGGGUGGUUGAAUACAACAUUACUGGCUUGGAAGCCACGGCAACCUGGAGCGAUUCCACGAAUGAUGUUCCAAGCCCGAGUUUCAAGAAACGUGCUGAGAAUGAGCCGUCGAGCGAGAAGAAAGGAAAGAACAAGAAGAAGCAACCCAACUUUAACAUCCCGGAACCUCCCUCGGCUUCUGCCCCUCCAGGACCAGCAUACUCAAACCAGGCGCUCACCUGGCUCGGUUACACCCAGUACUAUGCUAACCUCACCGAGAUCAAUGCCAAGGUGGCCAAACAACAUGAAAUGCUGGCUCAGGCCGACUCCGCUGAAAGCGACGAAGCCCGCGACCUGAAGCACGAUGCUUUCAAGUAUGAGAUUGAAUACGAUACCAAAGACGCCAAGUUUUACAACAUGGACGAUCUCACAGUGCGCAGCUUCUUCAAGCUGGCUAAGCAGAUCUCCAAGAACCGGUUGGGUAAAACUGACAAUUGGGUUGAAGAGGGUGACGAGGAAGACCUGGACAUUGAAAAGAAGAACAGGAAGAAGAAGAGCAAGAAGGAUAAGAAGAAGAAGAAGCCCAAGAAUCGGAUAUGGAGGAAGUUUUUGGAAAGAGCCUUCGUCGGAUCUUUGGGCAGUGACGAACUUGACGACAUAGAAUAA